AUGGUGGUCGAGCCAAACACAGUAAAGAGUACCACACCGAGUAAUGUGCCAGUACUAGGUAGACCAACCAGGCAUACAGGUAAUGUAAGUGGUAGUCAGAGAGGGACACAGGACACGUCAGUUCAAUCUGAGGCUCGUGCACCUGCCAGAGCAUAUGCCAUUCACGCUCGAGAGAGGGCUUCUUCCCCUAAUGUUAUUACUGCAGUGAUAUCUUCAAUGUUAGCUCAGAAGUAUGUGAGAAAGGGUUGCCAAUGUUACUUUGCAUAUGUGAUUGAUAGUAAAGUGACUGACAAGAAGAUUGAAUCAGUACCAGUUGUGUGUGAAUAUCCGGAUAUGUUUCCAGAAGAGUUGCCAGGGUUGCCACUGAUUAGAGAGGUAGAGUUUGGGAUUGAUUUAGUACCAGAGACGACUCUGAUAUCCAUAGCUCCGUAUAGAAUCACACCUACAAAAUUAAAGGAAUUGAAAGCUCAAUUGCAAGAAUUGACAGAUAAGGGUUUCGAGCGACCGAGUUUCUCCCUUUGGGGCACACCAGUUUUGUUUGUGAAAAAGAAAGAUGGGACAAUGAAAAUAUGUAUUGAUUACAGAUAA